AUGCCUCCCUGCCAAACCCGCUUGAGAAAGACGACAAGGGUCUGUGAGGAUCCACCUGAGCCGAUUAUCACUUUCUGUGGAUUUUGUCAAAAAGGCCCCUUUCCAAGUCUCACAGGGCUAAAAAGGCACAUUAACAAUUCACCAAACUGUCAUCGCGCAUGUCAAGCCAAGUUUGGCCAGUAUGCCGUGAUCAUUUGGGAUGACAUACAUGCACCACCAGCUGGAGAACAAGUCCCAGAAUCUUCUGGGACAAAUAAUGAAGGCGCUCCCACCCCAGCUGAACAUCCUGUUGAAGACGAGCCAGAAGUUGUUUUCCAGCUGGACCAAGACCUCGACAACAUGGGUGACUUUGUUCUUAAACCACCAGAACCUCAUGUUCCUGAUGCACUGCCAAGAAGAAUACUCCGGGAGCAAGAGACAGAGGGUGAUCCAAUAUGGGGACCAUUCGUGGAUGAAGCUGAAUGGCAGUUAGCGCAGUGGUUACUGCAAAAUGUGGGGCAAAAGCAGGCGGAUGCUUACCUGAAGCUUCCUAUUCUUGAUGCAUUGCCCACUCACAGGGAUCUGUGGACAUGUGAGAUCAUUACUGCACCAGGAAACUGCAUCAAUGAUGAUGGGAAGCCAAUGCCUGCUGAGAAACUCGAGCUUUGGCAUCGAAAUCCUGUUGAAGUCGUGAAGGACUUAAUGGGCAAUGAGAGUCUCCGAGAGGCUCUACACUAUGCACCCGAACGAGUUUUCAAAGAUAAGGAGGGGACUAACCAGGUGUUUGAUGAGACAUGGACAGCCGAGUGGUGGUGGGAAAUUCAGUCCAUCAGGGCAGGGCCCCAUGUCAGACCUUACAUCUUUGUAGACUACCUACGGCCCCUAAUGCCGCACGCCCAUGGCAAUCAUCCGGUCUAUCUUACCAUUGGGAAUAUCGAUAAGGAAAAGCGGCGCAAGCCUACUGCACAUGCGACUGUUCUGAUUGGGUACCUACCCAUCACCAAAUUGGAUAAUUAUACAGAGGCCACCCGCUCUCAGGAGGGUUAUCGGUUGUUUCAUUACUGCAUGAAGAAGAUUUUAGCACUGCUUAUUGAUGCUGGGAAUAACAGAGUAUAUGUUACCUGCGCGGAUGGUUUUGUCUGCCAUGUCUACCCACUCCUGGCUGUGUAUGUUGCCAAUUUCCCUGAACAGUGCCUGGUGGCAGCUUGUAAAGAGAGCUACUGCCCAAGAUGUCGGGUGUUACCUGGAGAAAGGGGGAUGUUUGUGGAAUCAUUGUUACACAAUGAAGAAAGGACAAAGGUCAUACUUUCUCACAAGAAGUCUGGUCGGUGGGUUCCUGAAUUUAAUGAUGAAGGGAUUCAUCAAGUCUGGGAACCAUUCUGGGCAGAUCUCCCUCAUACCAAUAUCUUCUCCUGCUUUACGCCAGACCUACUCCAUCAGCUUCACAAAGGGAUGUUCCAUGACCACCUCGUGAAAUGGUGCACUGAGAUAGCGGGGGAAGCUGAACUGGAUGACCAAUAUUGGAGCAUGCCAGGGUACCCAGGGCUUCGGAACUUCAAGAAUGGGAUAUCAAAUGUUUUGCAAUGGACUGGCACUGAGCACAAGGAGAUGCAGCGCGUGUUCAUGGGCCUUCUUGUUGGCGCUGUUCAGCCACAGGUUUUACAAACUGCAAGGGCUGUGAUUGAUUUCAUCUACUAUGCUCGGUUACAGGUACACACCUCAGAAACCUUGAACAUGCUCCAAGAUGUGUUGAAGACUUUUCAUGACAACAAAGAAAUUUUAAUACGAGAAGGUGUUCGAGAGCAUUUCAACAUACCAAAAUUUCAUCAGAUGAUGCACUACUUUGCCUCCAUCAAGUCACGUGGAUCUGCCGACGGAUACAAUACAGAGUGGUCAGAAAGGCUUCACAUUGACUUUGCGAAGGAGGGUUAUCAGGCAAGUAAUAAGCGUGACUUCAUACAACAGAUGGCGACAUGGUUGGAUAGGUGGGAAGCAACAGUACAUUUUGGACAGUAUCUCGAUUGGCUGUUGCGAUGCGAAAGCCAGGAAGAGCUGGACAGUGAGGACCUCGACGACAAUGAUGUGCAUGAAAGUGGUCAUGAGAAAGUUGGCCGUGGCAGUGCCAGCCACACUGAUGUAGUCGAUGAUGACAACAACGAAGUCUCAUCCCACUCUGGUUUACCUGCCACCCAUCUCCUUGCAGUCAACCCUUGCUUUCGUCGGGUGAAGCUCAAGGACAUCAUCACCCAAUUCCAUGCCACAGACUUCCUUACUUCAGUCACUAGAUUUAUCCGACAUGCACAUCCACCUCCUGAACAGCCAACCCUUCCAAAUGCAACUGACAUGUUCGACAUCUACAAACAGCUUUCAAUUCAUUUAAAGGCCCUUGCCGCUGAUGGACGCAUUGGCGCCUUGCAAUGCGUCCGUGCAAUGCCACUUACUCCAGGGUGGAAACACAACUCACCUGAAAACUUCGACUCUGUUCUUGUCAGGAGUGAAAGUGAGAAGGGAAACCAGGCCACCAAGGGCACAUGCUUAGAAGGACUUUGGGUAGCACAGAUGCGAGUAAUUUUUACUCUCCCAGAUCACUUGCAUCGUGACCACUCCCUUCCACAAUACCUCACCUAUAUUGAAUGGUUCAACCUGCUGCAAUCCCCCGAUCCCGACUCAGGCCUCCGCUUUGUUACUCGCUCUUCCCACCACAAUCAGCCCAUUUCCGAGGUUGUGCCCCUUUGUGACGUCGUCUUAGGCUGCCAUCUCAUUCCAAAAUUUGGCACCAAGUUCUCUCCUGCCAAGUGGAAUCACCUCGAAAUCCUUGCAGCUAACGAGGUAUCGAUAGACCAGAACUCCAAAUGCUCCACUCAGUGA